GUCACAUCCGGUGUCAACAUGGCUGCGCACUAGUGAGUCACAUUUGGACAAAUUUGUCAAAGAUAUUCAAUAAAACAGCGUUGAUUCAUGCGGCCCGUCCAGCAAAAUUGAAUAGAAGUGUUAUCCAAGCAUCAUGGUCCAUCUAUCGUCAUUCCUUCUGAAAAAGUACCACGGAGGUUAUGUGGUCAUCCGGCUGGCUCUUGCUGGUCACAAGCAGGCAAACAGACCCUUCUACCGAAUUGUGGCUGCAUUCAACAAAAGAGCCAGGGACGGUAAAUACAUCGAACAGUUGGGGACUUAUGACCCUCUACCCAAUAUCUACAAUGAGAAACUCGUGAGCUUCAACUAUGAUCGCAUAAAGUACUGGAUUGGCUGUGGUGCCCAUGCAACAAAACCUGUGGCCAAGCUGCUAGGUUUAGCUGGAUUCUUUCCUCUACAUCCAAUGACUGUGACAGAAGCAGAGCGCCGCAGAGCACAGGCAGCACAGAUAGAGCCCUCCACGGAAAAAGAAGAGGAACAAUGAUGAGAAAAGCAUCAAUAGAUGUCUUCUGUGGGACUGUGCUAUGGAAGGAUGUCACAACAAUGUUAUAUAUACAUUUCCACCGUUACAUAUUUUAAAGACACAUGACCCCAUUCAAAACUUAAGGUAAUGUUUAAAUAUGGCAUAUUCUGACAAUUAAUCAUAUCAUCAUCUCUUUUUUUUUAAUUAAAGUACAUUUUCAGAACUUUUGAUUUUGAUAACAUUUACAUAUUGUAUAAAAUGCUGUGUUCUCUGUACUGAUUCACUUUAAUCCUGUUUAUUGCUAAAUCUGCCUUGAAAUGGUAACAUUUAAAUAAAAAUAUUGUUUCACUUUAUUCAACCCCGUC